UUGCAUUCUGUGUCUGGCAACGCCAAAUUUUAACAUAAAAGCGUGCACUGUUGGUUUUCAGCUCUGAGUAGUCUUUUCUAAUUUUUUAUUUAAUUCUUUAAAGGAAGACGCAAACCGGCAACUGUUUUUAAAACUUUAAGAAUUGUAAUAAAUACCGCAUAGAAAACAAACAAAAUGGAUAAAAAUAGUGCAGCGUUGUAUAAAAAAAUGCAAACAGAGGUUGAGUCAUAUCAGAACCUACAAAAAUCCUGUGUUAAAAUAGUUAAACAGCGGGCACUUCUGGAGAGCCAGCUAAAUGAGAACAAGUGUGUGCUGGAUGAACUAAAUUUGCUUGGGCCCGACAAUAAAGUGUACAAAUUGUUUGGACCAGUCCUGGUGAAACAAGAGCUGGAGGACUCGCGGCAAAACGUUGGCAAACGCAUUGAGUACAUCUCGAAGGAGUUGAAAAGUUCCACUGAUACACUGGAGAAUAUGGAGAAGGAUAUGCUGAAACAUCGCGAAGCUGUAUCGAAGUACCAGCAGCAAUGGCAGGUCGCAGCAGCCAUGAAGUAAAACCAUCUGCCUAACGAUUAUUUAUUACUGUUUGUCAUUUUUAAUAAACAUCUGCAUUGACUUGAAAUCAAAUAUAAA